AUGUACCCGACCCGGGCAGCGCGGUGCCAGGGGACGAGUCCCGGCUGCGCGCUGUGGAUCGUCCUGCUCCUCCAGUGCGUCCUGGACCUGAGCGCGUCUGGGUCUGACUUUCCCCAAGACCCCAGUGUGCUAGCUACCGCUUCAUGGAGCUCCUCUAGUGAUGGUCCCUUCUUCAUCCGUCUGGAAGCUCCACUGAACAACAUCACCACCUCCUUGGGCCACACGGCCGAGCUCUUCUGUCGAGUGACCGGUAACCCGCCCCCCACUGUGCGCUGGCUGAAGAACGACGCCCCGGUGGUGCAGGAGCCGCGGCGCGUGUCCUACCGCUCCAUGCCGUACGGGUCGCGGCUCCGGAUCCGAAACCUGGACACCACGGACACGGGAUACUUCCAGUGCAUGGCCACCAACACCCAGGGCACCGUGUCCACAACGGGGGUGCUGUUCGUCAAAUUCGAUCCACUCCCUACACCUCUGGCAGGAAGACCAACGGAGGAUUUUGAUGAAGAGGGAUUCUGCCAGCCGUACAGAGGCAUCGCCUGCGCUCGCUUCAUCGGAAACCGCAGCAUCUUCGUGGACUCGCUGCAGAUGCAGGGCGAGAUCGAGACGCAGAUCACAGCGGCCUUCACCAUGAUCGGCACGUCCAACCACUUGUCCGACCGCUGCUCCCAGUUCGCCAUCCCGUCUCUCUGCCACUUCGCCUUCCCCACGUGCGACCGCAGCUCGGGGACGGACAGACCCCGGGACCUGUGCAAAGACGAGUGUGAGAUCCUGGAGAACGACCUGUGCAAGACGGAGUACAUCAUCGCCCGCUCCAACCCUCUGAUCCUGAAGAGACUGAAGCUGCCCAACUGCGACGACCUGGCCGCCUACGACAGCCCGGAGGCUGGGAACUGCCUGAGGAUCGGCAUCCCCAUGGCCGAGCCCAUCAACAAGAAUCACAGGUGUUACAACAACAGCGGCGCAGAUUACCGCGGGACAGUCAGCGUGACCCGGUCGGGCCUCCAGUGUCAGCCGUGGAACUCUCAGUAUCCCCACAGCCACACCUACCUGGCCCUCCGCUACGCCGAGCUCAACGGGGGGCACUCGUACUGCCGUAACCCGGGGAACAAGCACGAGGCCCCCUGGUGCUUCACGCUGGUCGAGGGGGUCCGCAUGGAGCUGUGUGACAUCCCCAUCUGUGACCAUAAAGACAUGUCCGGCGGCGGCAACAUGGAGAUCUUGUACAUCCUGGUUCCCAGUGUGGCCAUCCCCUUAUCCAUCGCUCUGCUCUUCUUCUUCAUCUGCGUGUGCCGCAACAACCAGAAGACGGCCAGGCCGCCGGCCCCCCGCCAGCCCAAGCCGGUGCGAGGGCAGAAUGUUGAGAUGUCCAUGCUCCAAACCGCCUACAAGCCCAAGAGUAAAUCCAAGGAGCUUCCCCUGUCGGCUGUGCGCUUCAUGGAAGAGCUCGGCGAGUGCACCUUGGGGAAGAUCUACAAGGGUCAUCUGUAUCUGCCCGGCAUGGACCAGGCCCAGCUCGUGGCCAUUAAGACCCUGAAGGAUCUGUCCAGUACGCAGCACUGGGGCGAAUUCCAGCAGGAGGCGGCCGUGCUGACCGACCUGCAGCACCCGAACGUGGUGUGCCUGCUGGGCGUGGUGACCCAGGAGCAGCCCGUCUGCAUGCUGUUUGAGUUCCUGCCCCAGGGCGACCUCCACGAGUUCCUCAUCAUGCGCUCGCCGCACUCGGACGUCGGCUGCAGCAGCGACGAGGACGGCACGGUGAAGUCCAGCCUGGAUCACGGAGACUUCCUGCAUAUGUCCAUACAGGUGGCUGCUGGGAUGGAAUACCUGGCCAGUCACUUCUACAUCCACAAAGACCUCGCGGCCCGGAACGUUCUCGUGGGCGAACAGCUUCACAUCAAGAUCUCCGACCUGGGUCUGUCCAAAGAGAUCUACUCGUCGGACUACUUCUGCGUCCAGCCCAAGACGCUGCUGCCCAUCCGCUGGAUGUCGCCCGAGGCCAUCACCUACGGCAAGUACACCUCCGACUCGGACAUCUGGGCGUUCGGAGUGGUGCUGUGGGAGAUCUUCAGCUACGGCCUGCAGCCCUACUACGGCUUCUCCAACCAGGAAGUGAUGGAGAUGGUGAGGAAGAGGCAGCUGCUGCCCUGCCCGGAGGACUGCCCCCCCAGGUUCUAUGGUCUGAUGACUGAGUGUUGGCAGGAGGGACCAGGACGGAGAACCAAGUUCAAGGACAUCCACGCCCGGCUGCGAGCCUGGGAGGGGCUGUCCUCCCACGCCAGCUCCAGCACGCCCUCUGGUGGCGGAGGCAACGCCACCACCCAGACCACCUCGCUCAGCGCCAGCCCGGUCAGCAACCUCAGCAACCCCCGCUACGCCGCUGCUGCCGCCGCCGCCGCCGCCGCUGGGUACCUGUACCCGGCCCAGGCCAUGCCCACGCCGGCCCAGAUGGCCCAGAUGCCAGGCUGGGCUCCCAUGGCCGUGCCCACGACUCACCAGCGCUUCAUCCCCGUCAACGGAUACCCCAUCCCCACUGGGUACGCCGCUUUCCCUGCCCACUACGCCCCCCCUGCUCCGCCCACCAGGGUCAUCCAGCACCACCUGCCACCUCCCAAAAGCCGCUCGCCCAGCAGCGCCAGCGGCUCCACCAGCACGGGUCACGUGAGCGGCGUGCCCUCCACCACGGGCUCCAACCACGACGCCCACGCCCCGCUGCUCUCCCACUGCAUCAUGCCGGGCAGCGGCGGGGGGGUGGCCCAGGUGUACGGACAUCUUACCCAGAAGGGGAUGGGACACCUGGAGCACGGGUCACACACGUCGGCGCUGCUCUCUGCGGAUAACGACGUGAUGAUGUACGACACGGUCAUCACCGCGGACCUGUAG